AUGAAAGGUGACUGGCCACUGCCCCUCAAGAUGCCCCUUGUCGGAGGCCACGAGGGAGCCGGAAUUGUCGUUGCCAAAGGCGACAUGGCUUCGGGCAUUGAGAUCGGCGAUCACGCCGGUAUCAAGUGGUUGAAUGGCUCUUGCCUGGCAUGCGAGUUCUGCAAAACCGCUGACGAACCACUCUGUGCUGAGCAGAAGUUGUCAGGUUACACCGUUGACGGCACUUUCCAGCAGUAUGCUAUUGGAAAAGCUGCGCAUGUGAUCAAACUGCCCAAGGACGUGGCUUUCGAUGCCAUUGCGCCGAUUUUGUGCGCGGGUAUCACUGUCUACAAGGGUCUGAAGGAGUCUGGUGCUCGUCCAGGCCAGACCAUUGCUAUUGUCGGUGCUGGUGGUGGCUUGGGCUCGUUGGCUCAGCAGUAUGCCAAAGCUAUGGGAUUGCGGGUUAUUGCUAUUGAUGGUGGUGAUGAGAAGCGUUCUAUGUGUGAGCAACUGGGUUCUGAGGCCUACGUCGAUUUCACAACUUCCAAAGAUCUGGUCGCUGAUGUCAAGGCUGUCACUCCCGAAGGUCUGGGUGCGCACGCUGUGCUUCUACUUGCUGCUUCCGAGAAGCCAUUCCAACAGGCCGUUAGCUAUGCUCGCCCCCGUGGCGCCAUUGUUGCCAUUGGUCUUCCCGCCAACGCCUUCCUCAAGGCUCCUGUUUUUGAGAGUGUCAUCAAGAUGAUCAACAUCAAGGGAAGCUAUGUGGGUAACCGCCAGGAUGGUGUUGAGGCUGUCGACUUCUUCACUCGCGGUCUGAUCAAGGCACCUUUCAAGACUGCUUCAUUGGAGGAUCUUCCCAAAGUGUUUGAGCUGAUGGAGCAAGGCAAGAUCGCCGGACGCUACGUUCUCAAGAUGCCGGAAUAA